GCACCAAGCAGAAGCAGCCAUUAGCCACAAAUUAAGAGAGCACAAAAGACGUCUAGAUUACCAUUAACCUUCAGUCUUCUUCUUUGAGAAUUGAGAUGGCCUCAAUACAAUGCUACAAGCCCACUGAGCUAAGCUGCCACCAGGUGCAGCAAGAGCACUCUUUCAGUGAGAAGGUGACAGAGGUGGCUAGCUGGGCCGUCGAUAGCCAUGGCAGCCAGAAAGAUUAUAGCGAGACAGAAUACUACAGCCAGACCCAGGCCCAAAAUACCAACAAUGGAACAGAGAAGUCCCAGGUUCAGUACUUCCAUAGCCAAACCCAAGCCGAUCACCCUAACCAGCGUCAGGGCCACCACCAGGCAUCCAAUGGGAUGGUGAAUCGCCAUGGGACAAUCAAAAAGAGGGGUGAGCGCAAGCAGGGUCUGCUCCAUAGGCUCAAAGAUAAAAUCUCUGGUGACAGCAGCAGUGACAGUGAGAGUGAUGAUGAGAAACGUGGGAGAGGAAAGAGCUGCUGAGGAGCGAUCCCUUCUGGAUCAAUCAAAUGAAGGUUCAUGCUACACCUACAUGAUAAAUAAAUAAAUGAAUAAUGGUAUGAAGACAUAUAUAUCAAUAAGAAGCUGGGAUUGCAUAACUUUUACUGGUGAAAAAAUGAAGUUUCUGAAUGCAGUGGACCUAAGUACUAUGCAAAAUAUCAACUGCUAUGAAGUGUACUACUUAACUAAAUAAAUAAAAACUAUCUUUGUUGAUUACUCUCAUGCAAUGAUGCCACUCUUUUGAUUUUUCCUUCAUCUAUUUUUUCUAUUUUCUAUGCCAAAUAGAAAUUUCAUGAUGUUUUUCCCUUUCAUGAUUGGCAAUCUUGUCCGAUGGACUGUGCAAAGUCUGUCAAACGGUAUAAAAGGAUGAGGAAGCAAUUCUCUAAGACUGCUGUACCCCCUAGCUAAUGGGGGGAGGUUCACAAUCUGCUAUAUGCGCCUGCUGUAUGAGUCCUGAAGAGUAUGGUUUUGUUUGAGUUUUUAGGUUGGCAUAAGCUGCAGAAACCGGCUUAGUUUUUUUCUUCUCCUGUAAUUUUCCUGAAGGUUUUUCUGAGUUUUGGAGUUCUUGAUUGUUGUAGGCAAAUUUGGAUUGUAUCUGGAGUUCACCGGACUGUAUUUUGUUUUGGGAGUAUUUCUUAUGCUCCUUUGAUAAUAUACUUCGUAUGAUGCU